AUGCAUUUGACGCUGGAUCCGAGGCGAUUAGCCGGACGUGUGUUCCCGAUAGUCAGCUGGUCGAGGAGUUACGAGCUGCGAACAGGGAUCGGGGAUCUAAUAGCCGGGAUAACGGUGGCGCUUACGCUGAUACCUCAGUCCAUAGCGUAUGCUUCGCUGGCGGGAUUUGAACCGCAGUAUGGUCUCUACGCUUCCUUCGUUGGUGGAUUUGUCUACGCUAUAAUGGGCACAGUUCCACAAAUUAAUAUUGGACCCACUGCGCUCCUAUCUCUCCUUACCUUCACUUAUACUAAUGGGACGAACCCCGAUUUUGCAGUGCUGCUAUGUUUUGUUGGUGGAAUCGUUACGUUGAUCGCUGGAGUUUGUCAACUUGGGUUCCUCGUGGAAUUCGUAUCAACGCCAGUAGUAUCCGGAUUUACGUCUGCCGCCGCGAUUACGAUAGCGUCUUCGCAAAUAAAGGGUCUCCUGGGACUAAGCUUCGACGCUGAGACCUUUAUAUCGACCUGGCGCGGUGUCUUCCAUAAUAUAACGAACACGAGGCUCCAGGAUACGCUUCUCGGGUUGUCUAGCUGUAUCGUGUUGAUGGGAAUGAAGGCUCUCAAAGAUAUUCGUCUCAAAGAGCCGAAGGACGAGAAGAGUCGUCGCAACACAACUAUACUUCAAAGAACUCUCUGGUUCGCUGGUACGCACCCCUUCAUUUUAACUGGUCACAUAACACCUGGGUUACCGUAUCCACGUUUACCACCAUUCCACUCCACAAUUGGUAAUACAACAGUGAGCGCUGUCGGAAUGUUUUCGAAACUUGGCAGUGGACUGUUGGUCGUCCCACUAGUGGGAGUCAUCUCCAACGUCGCAAUAGCUAAAGCCUUUUCGAAAGGCAAAACGUUGGACGCGACUCAAGAAAUCGUCGCGUUAGGUAUCUGCAACAUUAUUGGAGCUUUCUUCAGCUCUUUCCCAGUGAACGGAUCGUUCACACGGAGUGCUGUAAGCGACGCGUCGGGGGUUAGAACACCUGCCGCAGGAUUCUAUACUGGUGUCAUCGUUUUGCUGACUUUGGGCCUUCUCACACCAUAUUUCUACUUCAUCCCGCGAGCGGCUCUCUCUGCAGUCAUUAUGUGCGCUGUCUUGCAUAUGGUGGAUCUGGAAAUAAUCAAGAAGUUAUGGAAGACUAAUAGGCUGGACCUAAUACCGUUAGUGGGAACAUUCAUCAGCUGUCUCCUGCUGGGAAUAGAAGUGGGCUUGGGCUGCGGAGUCGCCAUUGACGUACUGCUGCUACUCUACUAUCAGUCGCGCCCGACGCUCGAUACACGAUAUGUUAACGAUGGAAUUCUCCCACCGCACUACGAGAUGCAUCCUCUUGGUGGACUCCACUUUGCGAGUGCUGAAAGGGUUCGUUCCUCGUUAAUAUCGCUGAAAAACAGCAAGGACAAAGAAUCAAGUGCCGUGGAGAUUGUGACAGUUCCCGCUCAUUUACAAAAUGGCGCCGCGGGAAUUGAACCACCCAGGCUGUCGCCUAAUCUCCUCGUCAUCUAUUGCGACUCUGUCAACCGACUGGACUAUACAUUUUUGCAGAGCAUCAAAAUGCUGGUACAGGAGUGGUCGCGCGGCGGUCACGUAGUGUGGUGCGAUGCUAAACCGUUAAUUAAGGAACAGUUGGAAAAUGUUCUGCCGGAACCCUUGUUCUGUACUAACGAGCAGUUAGCAACUCUGUUAAUAGGUUUAUCAACAUUAACACAAGCUGGCAACAUCAACGAUACUCACUUAUAA